AAUACUCAGAGUUGUAAACAAUAUCUAAUAUCACCGUUAGUCAUGUGUAUGAAACCAGUAUAAUUAUUCUAAGAACUCUAAUUCAAUUUCGAAAUAGAAAAUCAUGUUUUUCUCUCGAACUGACUUUACAAUCAUUACUCUAACGGUAUUUAUCAUGGAAAUGCCACCAUUCGUCAGAAAUGCAAAUUUUAAUAGUAAGUAACGAACAUUUAUCACACAUUAUACUUAAAUUGCACUCUGCGUGGACAUUAAAAUAAUAAAUUUAUAAUAAUUCAUACGAUUGCAGUUUUUGCCGUGUAUAUUAUUAUACUAUAUUAAUUUAUACUUAUAUUUACACAAUAACAGUUUCAGUUAUAUUUAUUUAUUUAUUUUUUUUUUUUGUUCCAAUUCAGUGAAAAUAAUCGAAAAACCGGAAAUUGCACUACAUAUUUAUGUACACUUUAUAUUACUCUUUCCUGACAUCGUACCAUUUUCAAAACAUUCUGUUAAUUUUUGAGCUGUUUAUUAACAUUUUAUAUUUUCGAGUUUUAAAUUUGUAUUUGGUUUUAUUUGGAUGGUAUUAUUUUGACCUUGCGAAAAUGCUUCAUAAUUUAACACAACGAUUAUUAAUUAGUGGUAAAUAUUUGAACGAUAGUAGUAAUUUUUUUUUUUUUUUUAAGCAUUUAUAGCUAAGAUUUCUGAAAAAUAAUUGAGAUAUUCUAUCUUCCUGCGUCCUCUCCACCCGAAGUAAAAUCCUGCUUUAAUGUAGGUAUUAUGAUUCUUUAUUAUAACAGAUAGGUAAUUUUUUUUUCUUUUAACAUGCAAGUUUUUAAGUAUUUAAUUUUCAUUUAUUUUUUUUUUAUUAGAUAACCAAACAUUAUUAGGUACCUUAAUGAUAUACUGAGUGAUUAUGCUAUCAUGAACCAGCAAUUUUUUGGAGGAUUUUAAGUGAACUUGAUUAAUUUGAUUGAUAAAAUCUAUACAUGCUUAUCACCAUAUACUGAUAAUUUUAUAUAAAUUUAGGUAUUUUUAUUUUAUCGAUCAGAUCUCAAUAUUUUUGAUAUCGUAAAUGGGAAUUCGAUUAAAUUAGUUGUUAAAUUUGUAUGCCAAUCUGCGAGUAGGCAAAAUCGAUGGUAACCGAAAUUAUAAUUGACCAGUUAAAAAUAAACUAGAAUAAUAUAACUUAACUACAGAGCAAUUUUUUUAUCAUAAACUAGCACUUUUUUUUAAUGGAUUUUAAGUGAAAUUGAUUUCUGUUUUUUUUUUAAUCAUUGUGGAAUUGUUUAAGCUUUAUUUUUAAUUUUUACCCUUACUCCGUACACCUUAAAUAAUUAUACUAUACACUUUUGUUUUUUCAAAUAUGAAUCCACCAUUUCGAACAUAAAAUAAAUUUGAAUAGAUUAUUUAGAUAAUAUUUUUCUAGACAUUUUGAUAUGCAUAACAUUAAUAUCAGAUUCAUGGAAAGAUCUGUUCAUGAGUUAUAAUCGUUUAAAGUUUAGAUCGGAGGAGUAAGUAAGAGUUAUUAAUUUAUCAUUUAAAAAUAGAUAUGAUGCAAUUUAUAUUACCCAUUCCCUACUCCUCCGAUCUAAACUUUAAACGGUUAUAUCUCAUAAACGGUAAAUCUGAUAUUAAUGUUAUACAUAUCAAGAAUUCUAGAAAAAUAUUCUCUAUUAGAAUUUAUUAUAUUUUGGAAAUAGGGAAUUCAUAUUUUGAAAAAAACAAAAGUAUAUACUUAGUAAAGCUACAUGGAGUAAUACUAAAAAAUUAAAAAUACUUUUAAACAAAACUAAAACGAUUAAAAAAAAAAACCAAUUUCCCUUAAAAUCCUCCGGAAAAAUUGAUAGUUCGCAAUAAAUUAUCACCUUGUAGUUAUAGGUACUAUUAUUUUAGUUUAUUUUUAUGGGUCGAUUAUAAUUUCGAUUACCAUCGAUUCUCGCUAACCUACUCGCAAGCUAGUAUACAAAUAAAAUAACUCAUUUAAUCGAAUUCUUAUAAUUCCCUAACAAUAUCAAAAAUAUUGAGAUCUGAUCAAUAAAAUAAAAAUAUCUAAUUUGAUAGAAAUUCAUCAGUAGGUACAUGGUAAUAAGCAUAUAAAUUUAUAAUAUAAUGUUAAAAAAAAACUAUUUUAAAUAUUAUCCUUAGUAAUAUUAUACUUUUAUACUAAACUAAACAUUGAUUUAUGGUUAGAAUUUAUAAAAUAGCUAAGUUUUGAACGAAAUAUAAUUAAUUUAUUAGUAAUUAACCUUUACUAUAUAUAUAGGAAUUAUGGUAUAUAUUUUAUGAAAUAUAUCACUAUAUUUAUUAUAGAGAUUUAAUAAUAUUUCAUAGUAGUGAAAAUAUAACUUAAGUACUACCUUACCAAUUACCCCUCCCCCAUUUUAAACAAAUAAAUCCACGUAUCAUUUCUUAUCAUACUUUUAAUAUGCAUUUUUUUUUUAUUCUAGCUUGUUUAAGUAAGAUAAUAUCAAGAUUAUUACAUUAAUAUAUAUGUAUAUAUAUGCACUGAUUGUAAUACUACCUACUUAAUAAUUAUUUAAAUAGUUUAAUAAUAAUUAAUUUUCAACAGAUGAUCUUUAUGACGUAGGAUUUAUAUGUAAGUAAUUAUUAUUUAUUUUUACGUUAUAACAAAAUAUCAUAGUUUUGAGUAAUUUUUUAAUUGUUAAAAUAUUCGAUUUUAAGCAGUGAAAGAACCCAACAAUUACUGUUUGCGAUAAAGUGUAUGUGUGUGUGUGUGUGUAUACAUAUUUUCGAAAAAUACCAUCGGUUUUUACUCCUUAAGGCCUUUGGCAGUAUUGACCAUUGAGUCGUGGUCAAAGCUUGAAAUCGAAAUAAAUUUGUUCGAUUUUAAUUUCAAUUUCGCUUAACAAUAUUAAUUUUUACUGAUUUAAUUUCAGUUUAGCUAAUAGUAUAAUGGGUUUAUCUAGGUCAAUACCUACAAUUAUAAAAUUAUAAUAGCAUCGAAAUAGCGAAUUUUUAUAAUCACUAUUACUAUUCCGGGUUGCAUAAAUACCGUUCUGUAAACUAAUGAUUCCAUAAUCGGUGAAUUACUGAACAUUUUGCGUUGAAUAAAAGUAUUUCAUUAUCUAUGGAUAUAACCAUCUUACUCAGUUAUCACUUUAUCAGUAAAAAUAUUUUAUCCUUAUCAAAUUAUAACAUGAUAAUUUAAUAUUUGAAUAUGAAAAGCAUGAAUACUAGAGAACAACUCUAAUGUUCAUGAUCUAGAAUAACAUUAUUACUAAAUAGUCGCACAGAAUAAAGUCACAAUAUCGCUACAAUUAACGUUUUUUCAUGAUAGUAAAACUUUUUAACGAUAAUAAUAUGAUAUAAUAUUGUGUUAGAAAUAAUAAUUCCCAAUUGCCGAAAUAAACCAGAGCUUAAAAAUUGAAAUCGAAAAAAAAUGUUUCGAUUUUAAUUUAAAUAUUACUAAUCGAUAUUAGUUUUUACUGAUUUUAAUUUCAAUUUUGCUUAUCGAUAUUAGUUAUUAAUUAUUAUAAAUUUCAAUUUUUUUUAAAAGAUUUUUAAUGAUUUUUAUCGAUAUUCUAAAUCGAUUUUGACCAGGGCGAGAAGCCAUGAUGUAACAUAAACGAUUUAAAAUUUAAAGUGAUACUUAAUAUAACAGAUAUCUAAGAUUUUAGAGACUAAUAUGAUGUAACUGAGAAUAUAGAACUAUAUUAUUAUGUACAUUUUAUUGUGGAAUACUGAGCAGUAAGCAGUGUACUUUAUUAGAUUACCUACUCUUUGAGCCAGUAAAAUAAUUCAAAAUAAAUAUACUGACAAUGCACAUAAAUUUUUUUAUAUUAAUUCAUAAAACCAGUUUAUAUGUAUUACGUAUUAUAAUUAUGACUAAUGUUUUUAUUUUUAUUUAAUAUAAGAAAUGCUUAUAUUCCUUAAGUACUGUUUUGAUUUUACUUAGUAAUUUUUUUGUUUUUAAGACACGACUGGUGUAUUGAAUUACAAGUAUAAAUUAGUUGGGAUGAGUAUGUAUUAUAAAAUGUUAUAAUCUUUGUUUAAAUCCUAAUUAUCUAAUAUAAUCUGCUUAAAAUAAUAACAUUAAAUUAUCAUAACUUAAUUAUGAGUUAACUGAUCGACACAUUUUAACAACUGUCUAGGAUAUAUAGGUAUAGUAUAUACUAGAAAUGAGCAUUUAUUUGUAUUGUUCUCAAUUUUUUUUCCACUGAUUUAUUUUAGUAUUAAAAUAACUACUGAAAAUGCCUAAAUAUAUCGAGAUGCGAAGUAUUUCGGCAGAAUGACCUAGUAUUUUGCUUUAUUUUCUUCUUAAUCGGAUAGAGUUAUAAUACAUAUACAUUACAAUUGUAAUAUGAUAUGCAUUAUUAACAUUGUUUAGAGGAAGAAGAUGUUAUCAAAGUUUACUUACCCGGUAAGUAAUAAUUAAUGUAGAUUGUAAAUAUACCUACCAUCUUAAUUUAACCAUUUAAAUUUUUAGAGUACGUGUGUAUUAUUAUUUCUUUGUCUCACAACUAAAUUUUAAAUGUUUUAGGACAACUUGAAUCUCUAAUGCCCAGUAAAGGUAAGUAUUAUAUUUUAGUGAAACAAAUUCCAAAAAAAAAAUAUAAAUCCCAAACAAAGGGGAUAAACACUUAAAAUUGUUCAGUAUAUAACAGUACAUACUUUCACAAUUCAUAAUGUCAUGCAUGAUGUUGUGUCUAUCUCGCGUAUCAUCUGUACUCUUAUCAGUACGACUUAUCUAUAUUUUUGUGUAAUGAUUGUUUGUAUCUCGUGCUCUUUAACUAUCAAUAGAACCAGCCCAGUAUUUCCUGCACUAGUUAUAACUUAAUUUGGCAUAAAACUUGUGCUAUUACUAAUCCAGUAAGUCAUUACAAACUUUGGAAGUGUUCGAGUUGUUCAAAAAUCAUGUCUUCAACUACCUCUAAAACUAAAAUUAGUGAUGAUGAAAUUCUUGUGGAGCUUAUAAGCAUUUAUAACAUACUACAUGGUUCAAUUUAGCGACAGUUUCCUUCUUAGCUUAAUUGAUGUAUCAGUUCCAUCAUUCAAUUUCAGAACCCGACCAAUAUUUUUUUUAUCAAAACACAGGACGCUAUAUGGCUAUUAUUCACCUAUCAAUAGAGCCCUGGUCCCUUGUAAUAAUCUAAAAUAUAACAUAAACAAACAUUUUUCAUUCCUCUCAGGUGGUAUUACGAACCGGUACUUUUAUGAUUUAACCAUUUAUAAUAUAUUGUUCUUUUUAGUUUACUGUCUAUUCCUUUAAAAUUUAGUAUUUUAUUCCUUUGUUGUUCAAUCUCAUUCUGUUUACUCAUUAUUAUUGUAAUUAGCAUAUGUUUAAGUAUCUAAUAUAUUCAUAUAUUAAUCAUUAAUUAACUUUACAUAUGCGCGUAUUCAAAUAAAAAAAUGUUUAAACUUUUAAAAAAUUACCUCAAGUUUUAUUAGUAUUUGGUAAAAACAUUGUUUCAUCAUUUAAAAUUAAUAAAUAUUAAAUAUGCUUAGUCACUUAAUGCAAAAAUAAAAGUAUUUAUAUAAUACAAAUAUAAUUAAAAAUAUGAAAUUUAAAAGAAGAAAAAAAAAGGUUUUGUUCAGAAUCCACUCAAAAUCGAUAUUUUUGUUUGCAACUAAUAAUACUACUAUAGUUUGUAGUUAUUGCCAUUAUUAACUUUUAACAUACAACCGUAGCCUAACGAUGAUAGUAAGUAAUAAGGGUAAGGUAAUCGUAUCCCAGGUAGUCAGGUUAUUGUUUAUAUUACAAAUAGAUACAUUGUAUUUUAUAAUAGUUCAUAAAUUAUCAUCACAAAUUUCAUGGAAAGUUAUUAAAUCUCAAUUAACAAAAAACCUUUUUGUUGUUUUUUAAAAUUAAUAAUUAUAUUAUGCACUUACAAUGGCAUCACUAACGCUAUGGUUUUAUUAUUGUUUUAUAUCUUUGAAUAAUCUUGUAAAAAAAGUUUAUCUGAGUAACUCUAAAAAAAAAAAUAUGUGUGUCAAUUAAAUAACAGUUUUACUUCACAUAAUAUUAUAGAUAAGUACUACUCGUUUAAUCAAUAUAAUGGAAGGUCAGCAGAUAAAAUUCAAGGUAUGUAAUACGAGAAAUUCGCCAGCGUAAACCGGUUUGCUUUACUGAUCCUAAUUAACGAUUCCGAUUAAUAAUUGUGGUUAAUAGUGUAAAAAUAAACCGAUUUAGUUAGAGAUUCGUGGCACUAAUCAGUUUACCUCCUCCGUAAUUCUAAUUAUAAGUUAUCACAUAAGAUUGGUUCAGCCCUUAUACUAAGGAUGUAGCCAUCGUGUAGCCUAAUUCUUGAAGCCAUAAUAACCUAGAGCUCCAACUGUGCGCGUGCACGUAAUUCUGAUUAAUUAUUCAAUUAUCACAUUAUUCAAACAACGCGCACGUUAAUUCAAAUCAACCCACUAUUAACUGAUAACAUUUUUAUUGUGUAUUUAUGUUAAUGUGACUAAUGUGUAAGCAUAAUUAAUUUUUGAAUAUUAAAAUUUUUUUUAAAAUACUUAUAAAUAAUCAAUGAGAAACAAGCAGCCCAAGAAUGUAAUAAGUAAUAACUAUAACUAUUUUACUCUAUCGAAAUUCAAAGUUUUAUAUUAUUGUUUAAUAAAAUGUUUAAAUAAAAUCAGUACUUAAAAAUCAUAAACAAUUACAACUUACUUACUAUAAAAAUAACUAUUUAAACAACAACCAAACUAUUGAUUCUUAAAUAACAUAAAUUUAGUAAAAUUCCUUCUUACAUUUUUACCAGUGAUGGAUACUGUAUGCAUUUUAGCAUAGUGGUGCAACCUGCAUUUGGCAUGUUGUUAAAGGUAGUAAAAACAGUCGUAUAUAAUAAAUUCUAAAUUAUAAUAAAAAAACGAGAAUUGCAAUUAGAAAAUUUAGAUCUAUAGUUUAAUCCGAGGUUUAAAUCUGGUCUACGCAUUGCAAUUUGCAAUAAUACAUAUAGUAUUUUGCAUAAAGAUUAUUGUAGCCUAGUGCGGUAGUCUGAUACUUAUAAGUGAUAACGUAAUAUUAAUUUAUUAUCAGUCAUUUACGCAUGCGCAGUAAUAACCAAGGCAUUAGCUUUUCCAGUUAUUUCGGCUUCAAAUCUAAUACACAAGCAUACAUGCAGUAGCUACAUCUACAGUAUAUGAUCUAAGGUUCAGCCUUUCAUAUUAUUGACGUUUUAAUUUUAAAUUUUUUUUAAAUAAAAAUAAAAAUUAAUAAUAACAUUGAAAUUGUCACGUUAAAAGAUUUUAUUUUAUAUAAAAACUGAUAACAGAUGAAGUGAAAACAGAAAACAAAGAGAAAUCAGAUAGGGUGGGGACAGAUUGGGAUCAGUUUUUUUCGACCACAUUUCUAACAUUUUGCUUCAUUUGAAAAACAUUCAAUUUGAAACACAUUACAGAUUUAGAUUCUUAGGAAUGUAUCCAUGGUUUUAUAACGCGUUUUUUUUUUUAACACGAUUUUCACUCGAACACACACAAUGCACACUUGAUGCAUUGAGGAGAUCAUUUUUUGACAUUCCUUUAUCUUUCCUCGUUAAUCAGGAAUCUUCUUCCCAUCCUAUACAUAAAAAGCAACGAAAACGCAACUUCAGUUCUCAAACAAUCUCAAAUUUAUUAUUAUUAUUAUUAUUGUUUUUUUUUUUUAUUUAUAUAUAUAUAUAUAUAAUUUAACCAUUUGGUAACCGCAAAUUGUAUACUUUAAUACAAUUACAAUUAUUUGUAUUUUCAUAUGAGUUAGUUAAUUAUAACUUAUAUUAUUAUUUGAAUUCUAUAAAACUGGUUUUCAAAUUUUCUAAGACUUAAAUUUUAAAUGGUGACUUAUAUAGUAGGCCAAUACAAAUUUAUACCUCGUUGAAUUAUUAAUUAUUUAAUUUUAAUUUUAGCUUUACAGGUUCAAAAAGAAAAAUUGGAGGGUGAAUAUUAUUAAAUAUAAUAUAUUCGAAUUUAAGUUUCCAGAUACUUGGUAAGGUAAUUGGUUUAAUGACCAUACCUCCAGUUCAUAUAUUGCUAAUACCUGUAUCAAAAACCAUACAAAUACAAAUAAAUAAUUAAUUGUAUAAUAAAUAUACAAAAGAUAAAAAUUGAACAAAACUAUAAUAAAUAAUAUUAAACAUUAUUGUAAUGUCUUUAGUAUUUUAAAACAAUAUUUCAGAUUCUGAGCAUCUGAUCGUGAUGGUUUUUUUUUCACUGUUUAUUAACAACUUUUUUACUAAAAAUUUUGCUUUAAUCAUUAACUUUAGGGAUGAUAUCGGGUAGAAUAGAAAAUAUAGAGAAUAUUGUGUUAUUAAUGUAUAUCAAUUCUAUCAUUUGUUUGAUUUUCCUUGUAGUUUUCUUAAUAAACAAAAAAAACCUGAAAUAAAACGAGAGAAAAAUUGGAAAAUGUAUACAAUAACAAUUGCUGUUGUUUUGUUAUUAUUCUGCAAUUAAACAAAUCGUAGAGAUCUGAUAUUUUCACAGAAUACAUUUAUUAGCCCUUUUUAGCUGUAGUAAAUAAUUUAACGAUUUAUGAACUAUGUAUAGUCAUUUAAAAGUUUUUAUCUGAUUCAGACACAUAUCCAGAAAUUUAUUUUAGAGGGGUGGGGGACAAAAAAAAUAUUUCAAUCUCUUUGCUCAAAAUGUACGCAAAACUUCAAUAGUAAUAAAUAAUUUUGAAUACAGUUUCCAUAGUAUAUUAUUAAUAUACAAAACUUUUUUAAACUAAUUUUUAAUUAUUCUUCUAAAAAUGUUGACAGUUUUUUUAUUUUCAUUUAAUUCGUGAUUUUUAAUAAUUUAUUUAAAGCUCAGAAAUAACUCAGAGAGAAAUUAUGCAACAGACUGCUAAUUAAUUAUCAUCAUUAUUGUAGCUAAUUGAACGCACACUUUUUUUCUCUGAACUUUAAACAAUUAUUAAAAAUCAUGAAUUAAAUGAAAAUAAAACUUAAUAUGUCAACAUUUUCGGGAAAGAAAAUCUGUACGCAAACGAGUUGUAAAAAUGUGCGCAGACUACAUCCCAAUAUUGGGGAGGAGGUAAACCCAAUAGACCCUCCCUGGAUACGUGCAUGUUUGAUUUAUAUAAAUAUAAUUUUUUAGACUUAGUCAAAAUGCUCGAAUGUUUAAAACAAAAUAUAUUAUAAGAUAAAGUUGGUGAUAAAAACAAAUUGAGCGUAAUUUGUUUUAUAAGCAUUUUAACAAAUACUUUAGGUACAAAUCAUGGUAUUUCAAAUAUGUGUAACCGAACUUCACUCAGAAUCAUAUUUUGUUGCAUUUAUAUAAAUUAAAUUACUUUAUAUAUCCUACCCUCCCAACUUCUCAUAUCCCAACUACAAAAAUGGCACAUUCAUCUCCAGUAUCGUCUCUUUUGUAUUUGGUGCUAAUUCAAUUAUGUGUAUUUUCAAUACCUACUAACUUUAAUAUUUGUAUGAUUUAGUUUAAUGGUUUAAAAAAAUAAAAUAAUAAUUAACAAUUACAUUAAUUUACAUUUUUAAAAACUUAAUAGUUCAGAGUAAAAUUUACUAUCACAUACAAUUUAGAUAUGCACACAAUUUUAAUAGAAAAUAAUAUUUUUUAGGUUAUCCAAGAAAAUAUGCUGAAGAACUCGAAUUGACUACCCUUAAUGCACCUAGUACGUAUAAAUUAUGUAGUAUACGUAUAAGUGCGUAUACUACAAAUAAAAUAAUAAUUGAUUAAAAAAUAAAUAAAUAAAAUGAAAAUAAAUAUUUGAGUUUUUCUAAAUAAAUUGUUGAGCCUUUCAAGUUUAAGAAGACUUUUUAAUGUUUUAUAAUUUGAUAUUUAAAUACAAAAUAUGAAUAGAACUAUAUAAUACCUACUAGGCUACUGUCUAUUUUUAAAACACAGUAAACUCCAUUUUACCAACGCAUUUUUUUUUAUUGUGUAUGUAAAUACAGAGUACAAUGAAAAAAUUAAAAUUGAUAAAGUGGCGCUUACUAUGUUUUAUAAAUAAAUAGCAGUACUAUAAAUAUAAUUUUAAUUCAACAAUUGUAAUUGAAAAUAUUAUAUAAAAUUAUAAAAACACUUUAGGAAAUUAAAUUCAUACCUAAUUGUUUUAUUUCGUAAUUUGUGAAUUAUAAAAAUAAAAAUUAGAUUAUAGAUUUAUUAUAAAAAGUAAUAAAAUCUAUACAUAGGUAGAAACCUAAAGUUAUUUUUAUUUUUCACCUUAAAUCAUUUUCUUCUUUAUAAUAACUUAACAGAAGUUAAGUUUGUUUCACGCUAAACGGCAGAAUUUCACAUUCAUUAACUUCCAAUUAUAACAGUGUGCAUUACUAAAUUUACAUUGUGAAAUAAAGACGUAUACAAGGUCUUGUGGUUUUAUUUAUUUAAAGGGCUUGUACGAAGUGCAAAAACUUGGUGUGCAAUGAAAAGUAAUUAUGAAAAUCUCAAUAAAAAUCCGUUUUUUAAAAGAUUAUAAUAAUGUAUUAAUAUGUAUGCCGAUUCGGGAACUAGGUUUACAUCAAUAAAUAUUUGACUAUUAAUAGGUACAAUAAAUUUUUUUUUAAUUAUACAAGCUGUCCCGUGCAAUAAAAAAGUUUUUAAAGAUAAUUAAUAGAUAAAUAUUAUCAUUAUGUAUAUGAGUAUUACCAUAGAUCAUUGCCAAUACAGGGAUUGCACUACAAAAAUCAAUAAUUUUUUUUUUGCAUCCUUGUUCCCGAGGUAACCUAUAGAUCAACAAAAAUAAUUAUAUUUCCAUACUUAAAAUUCCUAAUAAUCGAAUUUUAGGGAAUGGUAUUCAAUAGGGGAUGGAUUUUAAUAGUUAUAAAUCGUCUCUGAACAACGUGAAAAUACUUCUCAAAAUUUCAUGAUGAUCGCAUGAAUGGUGUAAUAAUGCAUAAAAGAUAAAUAAAUAUACAUACAUUCGUUUUUAUAUAUAUUAUUAAAGAUAAGAAAAUUUGUCAUCACUGACAUUGUCCAGGUUGGGUUAUCAUAUAAAAAUAGAAAUUUUUUUUUUUAAAAACCUUUACCUACAUGUCUUUCUGUCCUCAUUUCAACUUCUAUAGGCUUUAGGGGUUAUCAUUUUACUAUAAAAAUAAUAAUGUGUACCUUUAUAAUAAUAUUACAAAUUGUAUUAUAUUGUAUAACUUACUAUACUAAAAUAAAUGUGUUAUUGUUUUAGUUUGUCAAGGUAAAUUUAAAACUACAAUUAUCAAUUGUAUAAUAUAGUUCAUUAUAUUAACUAUUUCACAUGUUAUGAAAUAUUUAAUAUAAAUAUAUUUUUAAUAUCCAGUGGUGUAUUUACGACUUGCUUUUUGUACAGGGAACGGGGUACAAUUUAAAUGGCAAAAUUCAACUAAAUUAUUCCAACUAAUAUAAUAAAAUUAUCAACUGAUAUAAUAAAAUUUGUGUGCCUCUAAGAGCAGAUGAUUAGUAUCCAUCUCAUUAGAUACCCCCAACCUUCCCUUAAAUACGCUACUGAAUAUACUUAGUACAUACCUACAAUUAUGUCUUUCUAUUGAAUAUGUUUUUUGCUAAUUUAGUAUUCUACUAUUAACUGUUAUUGUAGAACAAGAAGUAAAAGAGUUCAAAUUCGAAAGUAAGCAUUAUUAGUUGCAUAUUAUAAUUUAUAAUUAUUUUAAAAUUUAUACAUGUAUGUGUAGUGUGUACGAGUAUAUACAAAUUGAGUUGAUUUAUAUUCACUCAUACCAUAUGCAACAUAUUUUAAUUUAACUUAAAUAAAACUACUGAUAUUUACGAGAUUUAUAAAUUUUUAUGGUCUGUUUUUUUUAGGUGACACCAAGGAUUAUACGGAAUAUUUUAAAGCUACAGCUUUAAAAUUAAGUUAGUAAUAGUAAUAAUAAUAGUAAUAGUAAACGCAUAUUUUAAUUUAAAAAAAAAAAAAUAAUAAUACUGUAAAUUAAGGUACUUACUAUGUUAUAAUAUUAAUAUUUAAUGACUAUAAAAACAAUUUACUUCUUACGAUUUUCAUAAACGACAAGUUGUCAAGAGAAUUUAACCCAUCCAAUUUCAUGUUCAAUAAUAUGUGUAAAUGACACACCGACUCUUAUGUUCAUGUUUUAAAGACCACGCCUGGUGCGUCUAUCCUUCGCAGCUUCCUUUAGUUGUUGAUAGAAUGUGCAGCCUAUCUUCUCUUCUACGUCAUGGAAAUAAUUAAUUCUAUAUCUUCCUCUUGGUCUUUGUCCCAUCAAGAAUUUUACGUAAUGUUAGUAUCGCUUUUCUUGUCCGUCUUUCAUUCCUAAAAAUCCAAAUAUAUCAUCUUCUAUUUGGUUUUCUAUUUUAUUCUUCAAUCUAUGUUUUAUGAUAUUCUAGAGUAUUUUUGACACAUGAAAUAGAAUAGAAAUUAUCCUGUAAUUAAAGCAGUUAGGUAUGGUAAUGCAUUUACUUGUGAAGAAUUUGUUGGGGAUUUUUCCUUUUUCAUAACAAUCUGUGAUGAUAAUAUUAAACAGCUUCUCUAUCGUUGUAUUGUAUAAAUUGUUUAAUACGUCUUCUGCUGGUAUUUCAUUUAUCCUCGUUGCUUUUAGAUUCUGAAUGGUUUUAACUUUUAGAUAUUUCAAUGCUUUUUAUAACUCUUCCCUGAUUAUUUCUGGUCAAAAUUCGUUUAUACUUACAUAGUUACAUCUAAAAAACAAAUUUGAUUUUAAUGCAUGAAUUUUUUUUCAUAAGAAUAUUUUUAAGAUCAAAUUUUGACGACAAUUGUAAAAAUUAUGGCAUUUCAAAAUAUGUCUUACCGAACUUCGCUCCGAAUCGUUUUUCGUUAACUUAAUAUGUUCUACCUUUCUAACUUCCUGUGUACAACAGUGGCGUCACCCGUCCUCAGUAUCAGCUCUUUUUUACUUUUAUUUUUUAUUAUGUAGCUUCUCAAGGAGAAAAAGAAGCCCUUUGCCUUCUCAAAGGUAAAUUCAAAAUUAUUAAUGUUAUUGAUUUUUAAUAUUAUUUUUAAUGUUAGUAUUUGUUUUUUGAGAUAAUUUGUUUUCAAAACAGGUAGAUGAACUAUUAUAUUUUAUAUACAGUCGCCAUUGCUUAUUAAAUUCACUUUGGAACCAGACCAUUUGAGUCCAUUAACCGAAUGAGUCAAUAUGACCCCCAAAAAAUAAAAAUAAAUGUAUUUAUCAUUAAUAUCAUUUAUAAAAAAUACGUUCUGUUAAAAAUAUAUCGAAAUAUGACGAAAAUAUUAUUAUUUCAACCUUUAAAACUAAUUUGUACUGAAUGUACAUUUUACAUUUUUGCAUUACUAGCUGUAGGUAAUUUAUUUGUUAUACAGAAACUGAACUAUACAUUCAUAUUAUUAAUGAUAAAAUUAUUAAAACUCUUAUCAGAAAUGUCAUAAAUAUUACAUUAUUCCCUGUUCAUUCAAUAAUUCACUUAAAAUUAAUACCUGUCUAAAUUAUUUUAGCUUAAAUUUAACUAAUAAAAUAAAAUUAUAAUACAUUUUUAAUAAUUUUUUUUUUUUGGUUCUCAAUCUAGUAUGUUAUGGUAAGAUUUCAGUUUCUAUUUUAGUAAUCUAAACAAUAUGUUUGCAAACAUGAAUAAAAUUUAAAACUAAAGUCAAAAUUCUUCAUAGCGAAUCAAGGAACUAAGAUAUUUCUUUCGUUAUCGAAAAUUUUCACAAUAGAGAAAGUUAAAGAACUAAUUUAUGGGUUGUAAAGCAAAUCAACCAUUAUUAAGUAAUUUUUACGUUACAUGCAGUUUUUCAUAAAAAAAAUAAUUCAUUAUAAAGAGUUUUCACUGUAUUAUAUUUAAUGUAAUUAUCAUAUAAAUAAUUUUAAUUUAUAAAAUAUUAUUCUUCAUUAAUAUUUGGGUAUUAUGUAUAUUCAAUAUAAAUUUAAUAAAUACUAAUAAAGUGAUUAAUAUCAAUUUUUAAUUGGCAUAGAUGAAUUAAUUGAUAUAGGAUUCAUAUGUAAGUACUAUGUUUCUACAAACAAUUUUGAAAUUAAGAAAAAUUGACAAUUAUUAUUUGUCGAGGACUGUCUGAUCACUAACAAAUUAGAACAUGGUUGUAUGUAAUAAUUGGCCACUGGAAUCCUUUUUUAAUUAAGUUAGAUUUAAAUAUUUAGAGUGUAAAUAGUAUUAAUAUUUAACUAACAUAAUACAUGCAAAUCUAUUUCAAUGUAUUUCCUUUUAACCGAGUUAGUGUUUAUCUAAUAGAUAUUUUUUAUUUUGCACUAGAAGAGUCAAAAUCCUUUGAACUAAAAAAAAAACACAAACGUAAAUAAAAUAUAUGGUGAAAUAUAAAUUUCAAUUGGACAAUUACUAAUUUUAUCGAAAUGUGUAUAUAAAUAUUAAUUACAUUCUAAUAAUUUUACUGUUAUAAAUUAUAAUAUAAUAUUUAUUUAUUUUAUAUUUAUGGACAAGUGUCCAUUUUUUAAGAUUAUAACUAUUAUAACAUUUAUGGCAUGUACAAGGUGAACCACGAGAAAAGGACCAAAACUAGACGAGUUUUUCUCAUCGCUGAAUGAUAGUAGGAAGGUCUAGCUUAUUAUAAGCUUAUUCGAUCCAUCAGAUAAAAGGGUCUAUAUGAUUCAUUAUUAGUACUAGAUAUUGAGGUAUACUAUUUUAUUGGUUCUGACGACCAAAAUUGUAUGGUAUUAAAUGGUAUUUUAUUGACGACAACGAUAUACGUGCUGAUUUAAUACUACUGAUUCAUCGUUUUUCACAAAUGCGUCGUAUUCAAAUACACAAUGAACAACACACCACUGCACCAUAGUGACGACAACUGAAACCGCAUUAUCUGACGGAUCAAUGAGCUUAUCUAACCAUUCCUACUCUCAUUCAGUGUUGAUAAAAACCCGUCUAUUUUUGACCCUAUUCCCGUGACCCAACAUGAGUAUAAUAAUAUUACUCAAAUAGUAUUUUAAAGUGUACCAAAAAUUCAAUUACUUAAAUAAAAAUACUUUGCGUUUGAGUAAGCAUAUUAAAAUAAAUUCUUAUUAAUUUUUACAUAUAUUAUGUUAUUCAGAUGAUAAUGGCCUAAGCAAUUACGAAGCAUUCAUUAGUACGAACAAUAAGUUAUCAUUAUUAAACAUUAUUAUAAUAUUUCAUUAUUUUAUUUAUAAAUUAAUUUGUACAUGAAUAUAUAAAUCUAAUUAUAACGACCAAUCAAAAAUCAUUUAUCCAUUUUAAUAAAAAAAAAAAAUGACAUUGAACUAUUUAUAAAAUAUAUACGAUAUAGAAACAAAUACCAAUUGAAAACCUUCUAAAAUAUCAACUAAAAAUGUACCUAUUCAUUAAAGUCAUUUUUCUAUUUUUUUUUUAGCAGUUUUCAUAAUAAAUAGAAAAACCGGAAAACCGUAAAAUGAAAACUGAUAAAUUUACGGCGUUAAGAUUUCAUUAUUUCGAUGAAUCCGAAAAUCGCACACUUUUGGCAGGUUAAAAUCGCACACAUUUAGUAGGUUAAAGCCGCACACUAUUUUAAAUUUUUACAUUGCAAAAAUCACACAUUUUAUAAUAAUGUAUGAUCUAUUAUUUAUUAAUAAUUAAUCUAAAAAUGUAUAUAUAAUAAAAUAUUAUAAUUAUAUCUUAAUUUAUGUUGUUAAAUAUUAAUAUAAAAUAUAAUCAAUAUAAAACCAAAUAAAAAAAUAAUAAACAUUUCAAACAAAAAACUGACGUUUUUUAAAGAAUUAAAAAUCUUAGUUCAAAAAAAAAUGUUUAUAUACUUAUUGUUAGGAAUCGACAGCCGAUGUUUUUUUAAACAUUUUAAACGAUCUCCGUCCUUUGAAAAUUCUUCCCAAUUUUUAAACAAGUGUUUCUAAAAUUAAACACAAUAUAAUAAAAAAGAUGGCCUAGGAUAAUGGAGACGGGUGCAGCCACUGUUAAAAAUAAUUUAACGGGUUGACCGAAAUCAAAAAUGUCAACACCAAAAUGUAUUUGAAUUAAUACUCCAUCUAAAUAUAUAUGGAAUUUCCAAUAUAGGAAUAUUGAAUUUUAAAAAUUCACUCCCAAUCCUCCCCCUCUCCCCAAAAUGGCGUCUAAAAAUUUCAAGCCCGCAUUUAAUUUUCGAUUAUACUAUUUAAUAAAAAUGCUUAAUUAUACAUUAUUCUCUAUUUUGUGUAUUUAAAGGAGAGAAUUUUUAUAACAUAAAAUUCUAAUCACUAUCUCUAUAUAUAGUAAAAACUUAAAUAAAAUAAUUGUUUAAUUUUUUUUUCUUAGGAAAUAAAUCAAUUACACCUGUGACAGUUAAAUCUUUUACUGGCAAGUAA